AUGGCCUCAGACAUAAGGGACCGGCUUAACGGAGGCCAUGGCGUGCCCAAACACACCGACAAUAAGAAGAGGAACAAGAAACACAUCGCAACCAACCCGCUACAACAUGGCAUCCAGCAGUUCCUGCUGCACCACCCUGCCUCAUCCAGCAAUCCUAGCGGGGUCUCUCUUCCCAAAAGAUAUACAGUCUAUCACCCACUGCUCCUCCUCCCAGCCAACGUGUUCACCCACCCCCAGCCCUGGGCAGAACGCUAUGCAUCCCUGUCCGACGCAGAGCGCCAGGAACUCUACGCCUCCAUCGCUGCAUCUUUUGCUCACAUGGGCGUCACGCACAUUGCCAUCAAUGCCCCGAUUCUCCUAACCAAUACUGCCGGUGAUGAGAAUCGCAUGCGGAGUCCGACUGGCUUGGUUCCGUUAUAUGGCGAUUUCGGAGAAUCAAUAUCAAGCCCGUGCAAUAAUCAUUCAGGAAAGGGUGACCCCUUCGAAAACGCUUUCUGGGUGCAGACAGUCCAGAAUGGCGGCAUCAUACAAUGCUGGGCCCCGCUAUAUACCAUGUUCUCACGCGGAAAUAUCACUGAAAAGGCUCGCAUACUGGGCCUGGAACAACAACAACAACAACAACAACAACAAGGGCGGCAUCGGUUUACGGGUCUAGAUGACGCUUCGCUCAAGGGACAGCGCGUCGAGGAAAUCAGUGUUGUCGACUUGUAUGCUGGGAUUGGCUAUUUCGUGUUCUCGUAUUUGAAACGAGGUGUCAAGAGGGUAUGGGGCUGGGAGCUUAAUGCGUGGUCUGUCGAGGGGCUGAGGCGCGGAUGUCUCGCAAACGGGUGGAAUUGCAGGGUUGUUCGUCUGGAUGCUGGUGGCGAUGGGCAGUGUGACAUGAAUAGCGUUGUUGAAACACUGCUACAUGACCUCACGGACACAGAUCGCGUUGUCAUUUUCCAGGGUGAUAACCAGACUGCCCCCACGCUCAUGGAUGCCAUACGCCCCGUGCUAAAGAACAGAGGGCUUUGGGCCCCUGUUCGACACGUCAACCUAGGCUUACUGCCUACCUCUCGUCCUACGUGGGAACCCUCGCUAAGGCUUCUGGACCGGGAAUAUGGCGGCUGGGCUCAUGUUCACGAGAACGUUGACGUUGCUGAUAUUGAGAGCAAGAAGAUGGUUAUUGUCGCUGAGUAUGCGGGUUUGGCUGCUCGUCUGCAGCAGCAAGAAGGACAGCCUUCAAUCACCUGCGAUCAUGUCGAGCAAGUCAAGACUUAUGCGCCGGGUGUCAUGCAUUGUGUCUAUGACAUUCAGGUUGAUUUUUAA